UGUCGAAUGUCUGUUUCCAUACCAUUGUUGGAUUGCUUCUUGCUGGGCAUCUAUUUACUCAGAAAGCUUUAGAGUUGGAUCGAGUAACAACCAGAACUAAAGAACAGAUCAUGAGUCACAUGACAGCGAUGAUUGCUACUUUUGUUUUGUUUUCGUUUGCUACCAUGACAUCACAUGCAGUCGUCGCGAUGAUCGCCGUUAAAACUUACCAGAAAGCUAGCGAGCAGUCGUUGACUGAACCGGAAAUGACGUUAUCAACACAGUCCGUGAUCCAUUGCGCCUUCAAGUGUAAGAAAUACCCACACUGCACAGUGUUUGCUUACGACCAUCAGCUUUCAUUGUGUUUACUCCGCUCAUCCAUGUCGACGACAGGUUCUGCUAACAUCAGUACAGACAACCCACUGUCGGUGUACAAAGACACUGAUCGCCAUUGUCCGCACGACUCACUUAGCAUAAGUCACGGGUCAGUGACCAUACAACGGUCUGUGUGGUCAGUGGAGGGAAACGUCACCUGUGACGACGACUACUUGCUCCUUCAAACUGUGACGUCAGCGGUGACGUGUUUGGAUGAUGGAAGCUGGACGUCGAUCAACGCUCAGUGCCUGAAGAGGGUGUGGAGGUACCCCGAGACAAUUCAACAAAGUCCAAACCCUUUCACUUUUCCCAUACCUGGGACAGUGAUCGACGGGUGGUCUGUGUGUGUGAAUGGAGUUCCUACUAGCAACUCCAGAACAAUAGCCGAGAUUUUUAGCGGCUCCAGCAGUAACCUUGCAGUCCACACAAGCUGGCGAUUUCAGGGUUACGUGUCAGUCAAUGACAUGGUCAGAGGCUCAUGGGGAGCACAGGAGGAUGUGACAAACCCGCCAUUCCCCUUGCUGGUCGGAAAACCGUUUUUCUUAAGGCUGACAGUGAGAAAUUCCACCAUUGAUAUCUACAUGGACAACGUCUUCUUCAACAGACACUAUCUGAAAUUUCCUCUCUCGUCGUUCUCUCACAUCAACAUCUACGGCACCGUCAACGUGACGAAAGUCGAGACGUGGUGCAAGGAGUGACUGAGGACAGCUCUGUGUACAGCUGUACACUAUGUUUAGUACACGAAAUUCUUCUGCAAUUAAUAGUAUCUUCUUGCAAAAUAUUAAUAUACUGUUAUGCUCAGCCUUAGCAAACUCCCAUCUGCACAAUUACUAUGCGUUGUUUAAAUUGUAAAUUUUAAUUUGUAGAGAAGGGAUAUUUUUAUACAUUCUUACAGAUUAGAGCUCCUUUGUAUGUCAAGAUGUUUAGAGGUAGAAGAAAAUGUGAUUGAUAGAGUUGUACACAGAAGCGAAUAAACAAAAUAUUUCUCUUCUAACAUUAGAGAGGUGUGUGAGGAAAAUAAUGAUGAAUAUUUUAUUUGAUUGUUCAAGAAAUGCUUUGUUCAAUAUUAUCACAUUCAAAAUAUUUCUUGUAAACGUACUCAAUGAUCCCUAUACUUCUGCCAUCGUAGCUAAAAGAGAAAUCGUCAGCCUGCAAGGUUUUCAGACUCACUGGCUUGUGCAUGGAUACUUCUUACUGUCUAAGAAAUGACCUUACCAACGUGCUUUAAGAAGAAGGAUUUGAGUGAUUUUUUCAGCAUUUUUCUGUUAUCUCAAAGCCAACAGACUAACAGGCGGGUCUAUUGUUUAUUCUAUCAUGUUAAAAUUUGAUACCUAAAGCUUUUUGAAAAAUCUAAAGCACUCUGCUGUUAACUGUCGAGGGGUAAUGUACAAAACUUUGUGCGUCCAGCAUGUAAACACCACUGAUACUUUCAAGGAUUCAUUUACAUCGUCCUUGUCGAAUGUCUGUUUCCAUUCCAUUGUUGGAUUGCUUCUUGCUGGGCAUCUAUUUACUCAGAAAGCUUCAGAGUUGGAUCGAGUAGCAACAAGAACUAAAGAAUAGGUUUGUAGCAUUCAAAAUGUUGAGAGUUUAAAAUGUAUUCACAAAAAGUUUACUGUUUUGGUUAUACAAGUGACGGGUCAUUGGUCUCUGUCAUCUCCCAGCCUUCAUCCUUUGUCCACUGGAACUACUGUGUAGUCGACAGACAUUGGGUUGUCACCUUCAACUUUCUCCAAGUCUACAGUUCCCAUUAUUGUUUACCAAAAUCUCUGGAUGAUCUCCUCUUAUGUCAAUGAUGGACUACAGGUAGUUGCUUAAUGCCAUGUACUUUAAAGUUUUAUAUCUAUUUUGUACUUACUUAACU